AUGUCACGAAGUAUAAUAUGCUGGGACACAGAAUUACGAAAAUUAAGACCUGCAGAAUUAUAUAAACUCGGGCAAAUUUUGAAUAUAUCAGAUUCAUGGAAAAAAUUAAUGGCAAUAGUACCAAAAGAAGAUGCUUGUAAUCUUCCUAAAUUUACUACUGAGCAUUUUAGUAUGAUUGAGCAAGCUGCACAGCAACAAAGAAGAAGUGCAGCCGAAAUAUUUUUAUCAGAAUGGGGGACAAUGGGUAAAAACAGACCAACAUUGCGUACUUUAUUAAACCUUUUAGUAAAAGCAGAAUUAUUUAGAGCAGCUGAUUACGUGGCAGGGGAUAUAUUAAAUGACGAACUUCCAAAACGACCGGAAUGUGGACCAGCAGCACCUGUAGAUAUUUCAGAUGAAGUUAUAAACAAGCUAUUAGAAGAAAAAGAGGGACUUCAAAAUUUUGGUUUUAAUGAAUCUUUGAUAUUUGGAUUACCUUCUGAAGAUAAUGAAACAGUUAAUCCUAAUGCAAUGAAUAAUUCUUUAGAAAGAAAUAUGCAAUCAACAAAAUUGGUUUCUGCAAACGGGAAACACGAUGAAAACCAUUCAGAAAACAUUAAAGAAACAACAAAUUCGCAAAUAUCUGAUUUAAUGAAAUUUAGUACCAAACAAAAUAUAGAAGGAUUUAGAGGACAAGAACAUGUUUAUGAACAACAAGAAAUGUCGUCUCGAGAGUUACCCGUAUUUCUAAAUGAAUUUGGACGAAUUGGGGAACAAACGAAAUUGAAUCAAGAAGUAUUGUCUGAGGAACUUCCAGUUUUUUUAAAUAACAAUUCAACUGCAUCGAAUAAUAUUUUAUGCAAUGUCGAAAUAAAUAAUUCAUUUCACUUGUCCAAUUUGAAUAUUAAUGAAAAUGAGAUGACUUCUAUAGAAUUGCCUCAAUGCAUCGUUGAACUUCGUGUAAAUAAUGCAUCAAAUUCGGUUGGUACUCACAGUACUGAAAAUAAUAAGAAUACAGCACAGAAUGUGCUGAAUUCGCAAGAAUUACCAAUUACAGUUUUAGAAUAUAACGCAUAGUAUAUUUAUCAAUGGUAUUUAAUAAUUAUAUAUUCCAUAUUUUCUUACUUUACGAACAGCCUUUGAAAAUAUCGGUCAUUGUUCAUGGAUACAUACUUUAACAG